AUGUCUGACAAUACCAACAACUCUGGCUCUCCUUCUGUCCCCUCUGCUCACGGUUCUCCUGCUCAACGUCAACCUGGUGACGAUACCAUUGAGCACACUAGGCAGCAAGUCCAGGCCAUCCACUUGGAUCAAGGUACUGAUGUCGGACAACAACCUCAACCUUCAAACCAUCAAGAGGAUAUUGCCAUGAUGGAUGCUAUGCCAUUGCGAUCCUCUCCUGUUCCUGCUUUGGCUAACCAUGCUCCCAAUGAUGGUGGUAAAUCCUCAUCUCAAGUUACUUCUCAUUUGUCUGCGUCGACAUCAUGUUCAUCAGGUAAUGCAUCCUCCUCUGCUGCUGGUUCUAGCACGUUGAAUUCCAUCAAGAAAUUGGUCUGGCGUCGGGAUUCGUUUGUACGUCUGUUGCUGGACAUGGUCGAGGGAACUGAUAUGAACAAUGAGCACGGUCAAAAGCAUAUUGAAGAUAUGCGAUCCAAGAUUGAGGACCUGAAUCGUCUGAUCUCCACUGUCAAACACUCAGCCAAGCUGUCCGAAUCCAAUGUCACCGCCUCACUCACUGGUGACAAUGAGGGCAUCUCAUUGUCCAAGCAAGACCUACCUAAAUUCCAACUUCGUUCGCAUGCCACCAAGUACUUUCCCAAUGAAAUCUCCUAUGAUUCGAUUCACCAUUUUCUGCGCUCCUUUGAGAAGGUAAUUUCGUCUUCCGGAAAGGCAAUCGAGGAUGUCUGGCGCCGGUAUAUCCCUCUCACGAUACCUUACGACUUGGAUCUUUGGUUAAAUCAAGAAUUACUGAAUGCUGAAACAUGGGUUGCCGCCAAGGAAAAGUUCACAUCAAAAUUCAGUAAUGCUGCUCUGCGUCUAGAUGCUCGCCGGGAGGUACAAACGGCUACUAUGAGACAUGGUGAAACUACGGAGGAGUACUACAACCGUUUCGCUCGGGCUAUGAUGGAGGCAGGCUACUCAUCUGAGGAUACCACUCUUGGCGAUACAUUCUUGCUCGGCUUCCCCAAUGAAUGGCAGAUCCAAAUCAACGCUGUUCUCGGUGUUCACUUCCCUGGGUGUUCUAAUUUCACCACCAGUCAGAUUGUUACCUGUGCCAUGAACGUCCUCAACACUCAAAAGUGUCCUGUUUCGUUUGUCAACGCAAAGCGACAUGGUGGUUCUCGUGCUUCGUCAUCCUCAUCCGGUUCAUCUGGAUUCUCUUCCUCUGCUGCUGCUUCUUCUUCUGCUCCUCGUUACUACUGCUCAAACCAUGGAGGCUCUCAGGCCAGACAUCACGAGAAGGACUGUCGUCUGAACAAAGGUGGUUCUUCAUCAAGACGUGUAGUUGAAAAGGCAAACGUACCCAAGAAGGCCAGCGGAAACACUUUCUGCAAAUGGUGUGGCAAAACUUGGUUCCACGGUCACUCUUGCCCUGAAUACCAAGCUACUGUAGGGGGAAAAACUGUCCCGUUCGUUUAA